CCCCAGUUUCAGCCAUGGUCGAUAAGAAGAUGGAAGAGAAUAUCGUGCAGUUCGUUGCCGUCACUGGAGCAACGACGCGAGAUGCAAGACGGUUCCUCGAGACCUACCACCGACUAGAUGUCGCUAUGGACAACUAUUUCAACAACCCACAACAAUUUGCAAACUCCAAGUCUCGAGGCCAUGCCCAGAGCGCUGCACCGUCGACGAGCAAGUUGAACGCGCUGUUCGACAAGUACAAGGAUCCUGACGGUAAUGAGAUCAGUAUCGACGGCACUAUCAAGUUCUGCGAAGACCUUGAAAUCGAUCCGGAGGACGUGGUCAUGUUGGCUGUAGCGUACGAGCUCAAAUCACCCAGAGUUGGUGAAUGGACGAAGCAGGGAUGGGUUGAGGGUCUGAAGAGCCUUGGGGUGGAUUCGAUACAAGGGCUAAAGGCACUGCUGCCCAAACUCCGCAAUCAAUUAGGGUCAGAUCCGAAAUACUUUAAGAAAGUCUACAGCCAUACCUUUGACUUUGCGAGGAAUGAGGGCCAGCGAAGUUUAGGCCUCGAUACCGCACAGGCGUUUUGGGCUCUACUUCUGCCGCACGGUCUGGAAGGGGGAGCCCUAUCCCAUGUAGAUGAGGAUCAGGACGUAAGUAUGAAUGGUGCCGGGGGUGAAGGCUUCAAACGGGAGUACGUCGAUUGGUGGUUCGAAUUCCUACAAGCCAAAGGCGGCAAGGGCGUUAGCAAGGAUACAUGGAAUAUGCUCUUCGAUUUCGUUCGCACAAUCGACUCUCAGUUCAAGAACUACGACCCGGAAGCUGCAUGGCCUUCCACCAUCGACGACUUCGUGGAGUACGCCCGACAACGUCUCCAAUCUUAGCGCAAAUAGGGUCAUCC